GCGGUGUCUUGAUUUCGUCCGAAUUUACCAGAACCUAGAGCGACCAGAGGUCAACGAAUACAGCCAUUACGAUCUUGAAUUUUGUGGAAGUUACAGUUCAAUACAAAAUACUAUCUACAGUUCUGGUCGUAGCCUUAUUUUGGAGUUCCACUCAGAUUACCGACAAGGCAAGCCUGGGAAUUACAGCGGAUUUAAAGGCGUCUUCCAUUUUUUAGAUAAAG